AUGGCUCAAUCCACCAAGUGUUAUCUUCCGCGGUUCGCGUCGACGAUUGACGGGCCUAAACGCCCAGUCUCGAUGAAGACGAGACCAACGGCUGCUCAGCAUGCGCAGUUAUUAACCGCAUCGAACGAAGGCCGUCUGGACCCAAUGCUACGAGCCACCUGGGCUCUCUUGUUGCAUUACUAUAUCCGUUCCGAGGAUAUAUGCUUUGGUUACCAACAUCUCGAGGGCGACUCGCGCUCUCUCAAAUCAUCUGUACGGCGUUCUACCGGUGUCAAUAUUUCGACAAUUCGCAUAUCCAUCAACGACAACGACUCUCUUACGGCAAUUGUAGAUAAGGUGCGCGCAGACAGUGCGAAUCGCCAGCUCGAUGGCAGCUCGGACGUCACUUCCGAGGGAUAUCUCCCUUUCAACACCAUCUUGAUGCUGCGCACAUAUGACCACACUGCUUCUUCUUCAAAACCUAUUUUGGCAACAGCUCUUCCGGACGAGUGUCAAGUCCGUCUUCAUGUUAAGGUGCUGCGUGGAGACAUCAGCAUCUUCCUUGAAUGGCACAAAGGUGACAUGUCCGGGGAGCAGAUGAAGAGUAUUGGAAACAUUUUUGAGCAAUUGCUUGCCAAAGUCCUUUCCUCCGAGAACACCGCUAUUAGCCAGCUUAAUUUGUUCUCGGAAAACGACUGGCAACGCAUUCGCAAUUGGAACUCCACCAUGCCGCAGCUUCACGAUCGCUGCAUUCAUGAGGCUAUCCACGAUCAAAUGUUGAGCGGCCCUGAUCGUGAGGCUGUGUGUGCGUGGGAUGGCAGUUUGACGUUCGCCGAGUUGGACCACCAAGCAUCGAAGCUUGCAUGCCAUCUUCGCAUGCAGGGAGUCGGGCCGGAAAUCCGCGUGGCUUUGUGUUUCGAUAAAUCGAAAUGGAACAUCGUGGCAAUGCUUGGCGUGAUGAAAGCCGGCGGCGCGUUCGUGCCAUUGGACCCGACUCACCCAACUUCCCGACUACAAGCUCUCAUCCAAUCGGUUCAGGCGCCGGUUGUGCUGUGCUCUCAGCAUCUUGCCGAAAAACUUCGUCCUAUUGCGAAGACUUUAAUACCCCUUUCUGCUGAUACUCUAGAUCCCCUGUCUGACCCCGCCGAGAAUGUCAAUCUGGCAUCCGGUGUCACGGGUCAAAAUGCGGCUUAUGUUCUGUUUACCUCUGGAUCAACAGGAGAACCCAAGGGAACCCUGUUGGAGCACCGCGCGUUUUUGUCCGGCGCAAUGGUGCAUGGACCCGGUUUGCUCAUUUAUCGCGAGUCGCGAUGCCUCCAAUUCGCCGCUCACACAUUCGAUGCCAGUUUGGCCGAAGCGUUGACGCCGCUCAUUCAUGGCGCAUGUGUGUGCAUUCCGAGCGAGGAAGCUCGCCUCAACGAUAUUGUGACUACCAUCAACGAGAUGCGAGUCACCCAAGCUUGCUUCACCCCGUCAUUCAUCGGCUUUAUUGAAAUCGAGAAUGUUCCAGGACUGGAGAGUUUGGUCCUGGCCGGAGAGGCAAUGUCGCAGUCCCAGCUGGCUACUUGGUCCAAAAUCAAACUGGUCAAUGGUUAUGGACCUACCGAGGCCAGUGUGGCAUCCGUGCUCAAUUCCAAUGUUACACCUGACACCGAUUGUAAAGAUAUCGGCCUGCCAAUUGGUGUGCGGACUUGGCUUGUGAACCCUGAUAACCACGAUGAACUGGUUCCCGUGGGCUGCCCCGGAGAACUACUUCUGGAGGGCCCACCCCUGGCCCGGUGCUACGUGAAUAAUCCACAAAAGACGAACGAAUCGUUCAUCUACGACCCUGCUUGGACUACAUUGGACCCUGAAAGUGGCUCUAACCGUAGAUUCUACAAGACAGGCGAUCUUGUCAGGUACAACUCCGAAUCUGGUGCCCUGAAUUACAUCGGUCGCAAAGAUACGCAGGUCAAGGUUCACGGACAACGCAUCGAGCUCGGCGAAAUUGAGAAUCAGCUCAGCAAAGAUUUGAACGUCACUCAUUGCUCUGUCUUUUUCCCCAAGACUGGUUUCUCCAAGGGACGGUUGGCCGCAGUUGUCUCUUCCACCGGAUUGCUUGCGGAACAGUCUGAUUCGGAUUUGGAGCCUCUACAACUUGUCUCCGCCUCGAAAAAGGCUGAGCUUGUCCCAGGAAUUCGAGAGCGCCUAUCGGGUCGCCUCCCCACUUAUAUGGUCCCUGCGGUUUGGUUGUGUGUUGAAGCUCUCCCACUUCUGCCAUCAGGGAAACUCGACCGCAAGGGCAUUUCCACUUGGGUCGCAGGUAUGGAGAAUGACCCCGAUCUUCAGAACAAUACCUCUGUUGCAAUCGUCGGCACAGAGGCUUCACAGCCCGCCAACGACAUAGAGGAUGCUUUAGCUGCUGUAUAUAGCCGUGUCCUCAACAUUCCCCAGAACCAGCUUGACUUGAAUCAGAGUUUCCUCGCCCUCGGCGGUGAUUCGAUCGCAGCUAUGACAUGUAUCGGUCUCUGCAAGAAGCGAGGAUUUUCUCUCUCCGUACAAGAGCUUCUUCGGAGCAAAUCAAUCCGGGACCUCGCAACUCGCGCGAAGACAAUCGAUCACCUGACGACUUACGAGGAAGCUGUCGAUGAACCAUUCAGCCUGUCGCCUAUCCAGAUCCUUCACUUUGGUGUACGCAAGGAGGGUCAAGGGCACUUCAACCAAGGAAUCCUCACUCGUUUGAACAAGCCCGUCGAUGAAACAACCCUCCGAAAGGCUAUCGAAACUCUGGUGUCUCGCCACUCGAUGCUGCGUGCGCGAUUUACUGACACAGGAUUCGCAACGGCAUCGAAUCAACACAUCACUCGCGAUAUCAAGGGAUCUUACAGAUGGCGGAUGCACAAUCUUGGCAGCAUGGACGAGGUCAAGACUCAUGUCGCUGACAGCCAAUCCUCAAUCAACUGCUUCUCUGGACCGUUGCUUGCGGUCGAUUAUUUCUUGGUGAAGGACCAGCCUAAUGUUCUAUCAAUGACAGCUCACCACUUGGUUGUCGACAUUGUCUCGUGGAGAAUUAUUCUGGAAGAUUUGGAAGACAUCAUCCUAAAUCCCGAGAAGACGGAAACCAGCGAUAGCUCCUUGCCUUUCCAAACCUGGUGCCGUCUGCAGACUGAGCACUGCAAGAUCCUCCGGGAUGAGCACAAAGUUGCAACCGACACUCUCGCUCCAACCGACUUUGGCUACUGGGGACUGAAGGACACUCAAACUACAUAUGGUAAUGUGGAUUGUGCCUCGUUCGAGAUCGACCCUGCCCACACCAAUGCAAUUCUGCUGGAAUGUAACAAAGCUCUCGGCACCGAGCCGAUUGAUCUCUUCCUGGCAGCUAUGCUUCACUCAUUUGGCCGAGCCUUCCCCGAUCGUUCUCUUCCAACUAUCUACAAUGAGGGUCACGGACGAGAAGUCUGGGAUCCAUCCAUUGAUAUCUCGCAUACUGUCGGAUGGUUCACCAUUCUGCACCCAAUCUUCGUCUCUGCCUACAAUUCCGACAACCCCGUUGAUACCCUCAUGCAGGUGAAAGAUCUCCGCCGUCGUGUCUCGGAUAAUGGUCGCGCAGAUUUCGCCAGCCGCGUUCUGCCAGCCGAGGGAAAUCGAGAGUCGGAGCACCCCCACCCCUUCGAGAUGUCGUUCAACUACGUCGGACAACACCGAGAUCUACAGAGGACAGAUGGUCUCUUCCAGCUUGUUGAUCAAAUGGCCGGAGAGGCUGGUCAAGGAGGCGGUGCCGCAGACUUUGGUGCUGAUACUCCCCGCUUUGGUCUGUUUGAGAUCUCUGCGAUGGUCGUGGCCGGCAAAGUUCGAUUCAACUUCUCCUUCAACAGGUUUAUGCAACACCAGGACCGUAUUCACCAAUGGGUUUCCGAAUGUCAGAAGCUGCUUAUAAGUCUCUCCGAGCAGCUUCCCACCCUCGAGCCACGAUUGACUCUCAGCUCGUUCCCCAUGUUGUCGUUGAGCUAUCCUACCUUGGACAAAUUGCUCAAUGAGAAGUUGCCUGCUCUGGGUAUCGAGUCCCCUGAUCUUGUUGAAGAUAUCUACCCUUGUUCUCGCAUGCAGCAGGGUAUCCUCCUUGGUCGCAAGCGAGAUAGCUCCUACUACGCUGUCCACGACACCUUUGAAAUUCGGGCCACCGGAUCUAGCGAGCCAAACCUUGAUCGCUUGAUCAAUGCAUGGCAGCAGGUCGUUUCUCAUCAUGCGAUGUUCCGCACCAUCUUCGUUGAGAACCUCACUCCUCGGGACCCCUUCUGCCAAGUCGUACUGAAGAGAUAUGAUGUUACUCCUAUCUUUUUGCAGUCUUCAUCGGAAGAUGAUGUGAUUGCCACCUUUGACAAGGAGGAUCCCAAGGAUUACAGCGAGCCAGAACCAGCGUAUCGCUUCACUAUUUGCCAGACACCCGCUGGAAGGUUGUUUGCUCGCCUUGAGAUUAGCCAUGCUGCGAUGGACGGUAACUCUAUCUCAAUCAUCCUCCGUCACCUGCAGCUCGCAUACGCUGGCAGACUCGAGGAAAGCCCUCAGCCUUUGUUCAAGGACUAUAUUCAGUACCUCCAGGAUGCACCAAAGGAAGCUAGCAUCAAUUACUGGCGCUCGUACUUGGACCAAGCCAAGCCGUGCCACUUCCCUGCCCUCACUGACGGCCAACAAUCGCCAAAGGCACUUCGGUCCAUUCCAGUCAACUUCGGCGCGCUCAGUGAACUCCAAACUGUUUGUGAGACGCGCGGAAUCACUCUCGCAAAUGUCUUCAAUGCCGCGUGGGGCCUCACUCUCCGCGCCUUCUGUGGAUCCGAAGAUGUCUCCUUCAGCUACAUGGCAUCUCUGCGUGAUGUCUCUGCUGAGGGCGUCCAGUGGGUCAUUGGACCAGUUAUCAACCUUCUAGUUUGCCGCAUGAAGGUUCCUGAUAACGCGAAGCUCAGUGAUGUACUGCAUCAAAUACAGAACGACUACAUGGAAAGUCUUCCUUACCGACACACUUCGCUCAUUGAUAUCCAACAUGCUUUGAAGCUGUCUGACACGAAUUUGUUCAAUUCCGGUGUCUCCUACCGCCGGCUUCCUAGUUCCAAGGAUGCUGUCAGCAGUGACAUUGAGUGUGUUGAGGUUGGCUCAAUCCAUGAUCCCGCCGAGUUCCCGGUUUUCAUCAACAUUGAGGCCAUGGAUACCACUGCUCGAAUUGACCUCAACUACUGGACCACGAACCUGUCUGAUUCACAGGCUGCCAAUGUGGCCAAUACCUAUCUCCGUUGCCUUGAGAACGUCGUGUCGAACAUUGACGGUGAAAUCCGCCAGCUAGACAGCUUGAGCGACGACAACCGCACCCAGAUCAUGGCGUGGAACAGCAAGACUCCCAAGCCUUUUGAGAAGUGCGCUCAUCAGGUUGUGCAAGAGAUGGCGAAGAAGCUCCCCGAUGCGUUGGCUGUCACCGCUUGGGAUGGCAACUUAACUUACUCGAAGUUGGAUCAAUUCUCCUCUCGUUUGGCAACCUACCUUGUCACAUUCGGUGUUGGUCCUGGCACCCUGAUCCCUAUCUGCUUCGAGAAGUCUGUGUGGAACAUAGUCUCCACACUGGCAAUCAUGAAAGCCGGUGGUGGCUGUAUUCCAGUUGAUACACCCCAGAGUUUGGCUCUUGUUGAGAAUUGGAUUGUCGACAACGCUGUGCAAGUCGCUCUGGCUUCCCCGGAGAAGGCCCAGGUUCUCGAGGAUGCUGUACCGUACGUCAUCCCUGUAAGCGAGUCUCUCCUCGAAUACCUCGCCGACGAGGUUCUCAACCCCGUGGCACAAUCAUCCGACAUCGUGUACGUCGCUAUGACUGCUGGAACCGCUGGUUCGGCCAAGAGUGUCGUCCUUGACCAUUCAACUGUCAUGACUCGAGCCGAGGCAUUCGCUACCACCAUGGCGAUUGCCGAUGUCUCCAGGACCCUGCAAUUUGCACCUCACACAUCCGAUGCAUUUAUUGUUGAGGCAUUUGGCACUUUCAUGUGGGGUGGUUGCCUUUGCAUCCCGGCUGAUAUUGACCCCGCCAACUUGGCCACCUCUAUCAAUGCCCUCCAUGUUAAUGUUGCUAGCAUCACCCCAACAGCCGCAAGCUUUUUCUCUCCCAAGGAUGUUCCGGGACUGCGAUCGAUUGCCCUGGGCGGUGAAGUCGUUCCUCAGAGUGUCCUGGACCACUGGCAGACCGAUGAUCUCCAACUGCAGGUUUUGUAUGGAACAUGCGAGAGCUCGGCUGCCUCCUUCCACGUGUUCUGUUCCCAGGACGACAACGAGGCUGGCCUGAUUGGAAAGAGCACCUCUUGUGUUUCGUGGGUGGUUGAUUCCUCGAACCACAAUUGCCUUGUUCCAAUCGGCAGUGUUGGAGAAUUGGUACUCGAGGGACCUGUUGUUGCUCGGGGAUACCUUGACGACCAGUCUGUAGAGAGCUGUGACUUUUUCAACGACGCUUCCUGGCUUUGUGGACAACUAGAAGGCGAUGAACAUCGCUUAUUCAAGACCGGAGAUCUUGUUCGGUACAAGUCUGAUGGCUCCCUUGUUUUCCUCGGCCGAAAGAACGAUAAGAAUGGAUCCGCCUUGGCUAGCGAGCUAAUUCAGACUCAGGCGCGCAUUGAUUCCUUCCUAGGCAACAAGAGGAAGUGCGUUGUGGAGAGCGUUCCGCUGCAACGUGACAACGUGAAGACCAAUGCCCUCGUCGCUUUUGUGGUUUCUUCGGAUACCACAACAGGCACUUUUGGGGAUCGCGUCCUCCAGUCCACGACACCUGAGCUGAAAGAGGCCGUAUAUAGCCUGCACGCCAAUCUGAGCACUAGUCUUCCUGGUAGUAAGGUUCCGAGUUUUUACAUCCCUAUAUCCUCCCUCCCCUUCACCGUUUCUGGAAAGCUAAACCGCCAGGCCCUCAGAAUCGAAACCCAGGCGCUUUCGAUCAAUGCUUUCGAGGCUUUCGACAUCAAGCGUUGGAACGGAUCCAAGGCUGGUAAUCGGGAUUCACGACAUGCAAGUCUUUCCGGGGCCAACGUCGCUUUCUGGAAGGAGUAUCUCGCCGAUGUUGAGCCCUGCGUUUUCCCGCCCCUUUCCCAUGCGACAAGCGACAAUGGCCGCUCCACCCGCACGCUCAGCAAACAGACAGCCAACAUUCAUGCCUUCAGCAGAUUGUUUGGCAUUCCUGUGGAAACUCUUUUCCAGUUUACCUGGGCCGUUGUGCUCCGUUGGUACACCGGCUCAGACGACGUGUGCUUUGGGUAUUCUGCCUCAGCUUUGGACACGAAACUGGCGGAUGAGGGAGUUGCCACCUGUCGCUUCCUCGUGCAGAAUGAGCAAAAGCUGCAAGAGACUCUUCAAAAAGCAAAGACAGACUCCGAGAACAGUGCAUUAAACGUCGCUGUGUUAGACGCCGUCAAACACCAGCUUGGGCUCGAUGAUACAACCCUCUUCAAUACCUCCCUUUCCUAUCGCAUAGCUUCCAAUCUUCCCAAAGGAAGUACCCGUGAGCCAAGCACAUCCACUGCUUACAAAAUUCUGGUUGAAGCUGAAGUCUCGCAUUCGUACGCCGAGAUCCACUUCAAUUACUCCUCAGAAACCCUUUCCUCCUUCCAGGUCAACCAUGUCAUGGACAUGUUUGACCAAGUCUUGGAUGAUUUGAUCGCUCACAACCUCCGUGACCGCACAAUCGGAGAUAUCAAUGUAUUCACUGAGCGCUCAGUUCGCCAAAUCCGCGAUUGGAAUGCCGCAUCCCCUCCUAGGGUGGAGAAGUGCGCUGACGAGCUCAUUCAGCAACAGGCGCUGCUUCACCCUCGUGCGGAAGCCAUUUGCUCUUGGGACAAGAAUUUCACUUAUGGGCAGCUUGAAAUUGUUUCCAGUCGCUUGGCUCGCCAUCUCUCCAGUCUUGGGGUUAAGCCCGAAGCCUUCGUGGUGUUGUGCUUCGAAAAGUCCGCUUGGGCUGUAGUUGCCCAGAUGGCUGUUCUCAAGGCGGGUGGAGCUUUCGUCUCGAUUGACCCAUCCCACCCCGAUUCUCGACUGAAGAUGCUCAUUGACGAAAUUGGUACUCAUCUUGUCUUGUGCUCAUCUUCUGUCCACACCAAAGUUUCGAAGCUCUGCGCGAAAUCGUUUGCCGUCUGCCAGACUUCAAUCUCCCAACUUCCCGACUCGCCUUUGGCUUUGCCUGGUGCUCGCCCUACCCCUAACAGUGCUGCAUAUGCUAUCUUUACCUCUGGUACAACUGGAAAGCCGAAGGCGACUGUUGUCGAGCAUACUGCCCUUAGCACCACCGCGAUCGCGAUGAUCGAUACGCUGCACAUGACCCCUACAACACGCGCUUUGCAAUUUUCUAACUACACGUUUGAUGUCAGCGUUCUGGAGAUCAUGAUGGUUCUCAUGACUGGUGGUUGUGUCUGUAUUCCCAGUGAGGAGGAACGCAUGAACAACUUGGGUGGUGCCAUCCGUCGUAUGGAAGCCACCUUCAUCACGGCACCUCCCGCCAUUGUCAAUACCUUAGAGCCGAAGAACGUUCCCACGUUGAAGGUCAUCAUCACAGGUGGUGAGAAGAUGCCCGCUAACCAUAUCGACCGCUGGGGAGACCGGUGCGUCAUCAAUGCCUAUGGUCCCUCCGAAGCCACUGUCGUUGCCACAGCUGGUGUCAAGGUUGAUUGGAAUGGCAAGCGUGUCAAUGAUGAUCCCACAUCUAUUGGAAAGGCCUCAAACUGCAGAGUCUGGAUCGUGGAUCCGAACAAUUCCAACCGACUUCUCCCCGUUGGUGCUGUUGGCGAGUUGAUCCUCGAAGGAAGCAACAUUGCCCGUGGAUACCUUGCGAACGAGGAGAAGACGAAGGCCUCUUUCUUCGAGAAUCCUGUUUGGAACCGUCAUGCCGGCUUCCAGGGUGUGUUCAAGCGAAAUGAUCGUAUGUACCGGACUGGUGAUCUUGUUCGCUACAACAGCGAUGGCAGUCUAGCCUUCAUCUCCCGCAAAGACACUCAGAUCAAAUUCAAUGGCCAGCGCAUCGAACUCGAGGAGAUCGAACAGCAAUGUCUUCGCUGCCUACCCGAGGACUCUCAGGUCGCUGUUGAUGUUGUUGUUCCCGAGGAACGCACCAUCGCAAAGGGGCUCGCCGCGUUCUUCACCGUGCAUGAUCCGGACUCCAACGGCGGCAGCAGCGAUCAAUUUGUCCCCACGGUUUCUGGAGCCGAUCCCCUGCUACUGCCUAUCUCUGUGUCUAACAUGGAUGCCAUUCAGAAGUUGAAGGGCUCUCUACCCGAGCUUCUGCCUCAGAGCAUGAUGCCCCGACUCUUCUUCCCCAUCCGCAACUUGCCCUUCACCUCCUCCGGGAAGAUUGACCGCCGAAGACUGCGGGCCAUGGUGCAGACGUUGUCCAAGGAUACUCUGAAGUCUUACAUUACCUUCAACACCUCUGACAGAAGGGAGGCUUCCUCGGCCACCGGCCUAGAGAUCAAGCUUGUGGCACUUGUGGAAAAGAUCCUCGAGCUUGAAGCCGGGUCUGUCACCGCCGAUGACAGCUUUUUCGGUCUGGGUGGUGAUUCCUUGUCCGCCAUGAACCUGGUCGGUGCUGCUCAAGCAGACGGUAUCGCACUUACCGUCUCGAGCAUCUUCAACUCCCCAAUCUUGAUCGACAUGGCCAAGACCUGCGUCGUGUCUAAUGGAGCCGCUGAGGUUAAGAAAGAGAACGUCAAGGCGUUCUCAUUGCUGCCCUCUGGAGUCUACCUCGAGAACUUGAUGGAUGAAGUGACUGAUAACUGCGAAGUGUCCAAGGACCUCAUCAGCGAUAUUUAUCCAUGCAGUGCCGUACAGGAGGGCCUUUUGACGCUAUCUAUCAAGCAACACGGUGCUUAUGUUGCUCAGCCCUCGUUCCGUCUUGCUGCUGGCAUUGAUGUUGCUAAAUUCAAACAAGCCUGGCAACAAACCGUGGCAGACUUGGAUAUCCUUCGCACUCGCAUUGUCCAUACCGAAGCCAUGAACUUCGCUCAAGUUGUCCUUAAGGACGGCCCUAUCUCCUGGGUCGAAGCAGAGUCGUUCGACGACCUCCCCAACGACAUCCUUCAUCUACCAAAGCACAAUGGAGCAUCUCUGACCGGUUACGCCAUGGUGCACCCUCGUGGCUCCUCUGAUAGCUACUUUGUGUGGUCUGUUCAUCAUGCCCUUUAUGACGGCUGGAGUAUUCCUUUGGUAUUCCGCAAGGUUGAGGAGAACUACUUUGCCUCGCAGAACAAACGCGCUGGCACUCCUUACAGUCUUUUCAUUGAAUACCUGGUGAAAAAGGAUAUGGAAGAGUCUGACAAAUUCUGGAAGUCUUAUUUGAGCGACCUUUCGAGCAGUCCUUUCCCUCAUAACAAGAGUGCAGUGCCUGAUGCAAUGCGUGCUGGCAACACUCAGCACCACAGCAUCAAGGCUUCCCGCACUCGCAAUAGCGUUGACUUCACGAUCCCUGUGCUCCUCCGCGCUGCAUGGGCAAUCGUCGUUGCUACCCACACGGCGUCUGGUGAUGUCUGCUUCGGCGAGACUUUGUCGGGCAGAAAUAUCGAUCUUCCCGGUGUUGCGGAAAUUGCUGGUCCUGUCCUGACCACCGUCCCCACUCGUGUCCAGGUUGACAAUACCAUGUUGACUAUGCAAUACUUGCAGAAGAUCCACCAGUCUACUACCGAGAUGAUUCCACACUUACACUCUGGUCUUCAACAUGUCCGCCAGCUCAGCAAAGACACUGCCACGGGCUGCGAUUUCAAGAACCUGCUUGUAAUCCAACCAGGUGACGGUGAGCUUGAUAAUAAAAUGUGGAUCGACGAGAAACGUGAAACAAGCGAAGAUUUCUUCACACACCCUCUUGUCGUGGAAUGUGGUAUUACCAAGACAAAUAUUUCGUUCACUGUUCAUCAUGAUGAGCUUGUGAUCAAUGGAUGGCAGACUAAGCGUAUCACUGAACAAUUUGCCCAUGUUCUCCAGCAAUUGAUUGCCUUGCCCAAGAACAGCACGAGCAAGCUCGGCGACUUGGAGGUCAUUAGCCCUGAAGACAAGGUUGAAAUCGGUACGUGGAACCAACGUGUCCCGCUCACUGUGGAACGGACCGUCCAAGAUUUCAUUCGUGAGAAGGCCGACGAGACCCCAAACGCCCAGGCUGUGUGUGCCUGGGAUGGCGACCUCACCUACAGAGAAUUCUGGGAUCUCGCAUCUGGCUUUGCCAACUAUCUGGUCUCUCGCGGAGUUGGCCCAGAGGUAUUUGUUCCAGUCUGCCUGGACAAGUCGGCUUGGGCAAUGGUCACGCUCAUCAGUAUUCUCAUUGCUGGUGGUGGGUACGUGCCUUUGGAUCCGUCCCAUCCUACCUCGCGACAUGAGGAAAUCCUCGCAGACGUUGGUGCCAACAUGAUACUUUGCACUCCCAACUAUACAAACCGCUACAGCCGAGUGAUGAAGACUGUUAUCCCCAUCAGCAAGGAGACCAUCAAGGCCUACGGUGCCCUCAAGUCUUCUGCCCGUCGCCGCGCUGAAGUCAAACCCUCCAAUAUGGCUUACGCUCUAUUUACCUCUGGCAGCACCGGUCGCGCCAAGGGAAUAAUUGUCGAGCACCGCAACGUAGUCAGCAGUAUCAUGGCAUUCGCGCCGUGGGUUCGCAUGGAUGAGACCUCCAGAGUAUUCCAAUUCGCCUCUCUCACUUUCGAUGCUGCUGUCAUGGAGACUCUUGCAAUACUUAUGCUCGGAGGUACCAUCUGUGUGCCCAGCGAGGACGACCGUCUCAACGAUGUUGCCGGCGCAAUCCGUCGACUCAAUGUCACUUGGACUUUCCUCACCCCCUCAAUUGCCAGUAUAAUCGAGCCAUCCUCAGUGCCUUCCCUUAAGCACCUCGUUUGUGGUGGUGAGAAGAUGUCCAAUGAAGUCAUCACCAAGUGGGCCAACUCUGUUCACCUCAUGAACGGGUACGGACCGACCGAGACGUGUGUCUUUGCUGUGGUCGAUAAUGCCGUGGCCACCAAUCGUGAUCCCGGGCGUAUCGGUUACGGUAUUCCCAGCACUCUUACCUGGAUUGUUGAUCCCGACAACCACGAUCGGCUGACUCCCCUGGGCGCAGUCGGUGAACUUGCACUCGAAGGCACUCCUUUGGCUAGGGAGUAUCUCAAAAAUCCCGAGAAAAACGCAGAAGCAUUCACCACUGACCCUGCCUGGACCAAGGACUUCACGCCCACAGUCCCGGGUCCUCGCCGAAUCUACAAGACUGGCGAUCUUUGCUACUACAACCCUGAUGGUUCCAUUCAGUACAUCAGCCGGAAGGAUCACCAGGUCAAGUUGCACGGCCAACGGAUGGAGCUGGGUGAGAUUGAACAUCGCCUUUCUGAGGAUGCUCUUACUCGGCAUGCUGUCGUCGUUCUCGCCAAGAAUGGCCCUCUCAAGCAGCGCCUGGUUACUGUCAUGUCGUUGAACAGUGUCGCAGCCGAUACUUCGCUAAUCUCCGACAAGCCUUGCGAGCUUGUUGAUGAGGAUGAGCUUGAGCGUCAUGCCUACAACGAGCUGGUCGAAGUGCAGAAGAAUCUUGAGAACCAGCUCCCCAUUUACAUGGUUCCCCAGACGUGGGCUCUCGUCAAGAAGCUUCCCAUGCUAGUUUCUGGAAAGCUCGACCGGAAGAAGAUCACCGCUUGGAUUGAGGACAUUGAUGAUGCCUCCUACGAGCGUAUUAUGGCCGAUUACGAUCGUAUCAAGCGUGGCAAGACCGAAGAGAAGCCGCAAGAAAAGGAAGAGAAGAAUGAAUCUCUCAACAUCGUCCGCGAAAUAUUCGCUCAGGUUCUGAAUAUCUCCACACAGAAGGUCAAUGUCGAUCGCUCUUUCGUCAGCUUGGGCGGUGACAGCAUUACUGGAAUGGCUGUCAUUUCCCGCGCCCGCAAGCAGGGACUUGUUCUCACACUCCACGACAUCUUGCAGAGCAGAUCUGUGAAGGAACUUGCUCAAACCGCCAGUUCUAAGGCACCUGUCUCUCGGCGUGAAGAGAAGUCUGGUGAAGGAUUUGCGCUUUCGCCCGUCCAGAGACUCUACUUCCAGUGCUCAGACUCUUUCAAGGGAGCCGCUCGUUUCAACCAGAGCAUCACUGUUCGCAUCACUCGCCGUUGUGAGGGCGAGGUGCUCAAGCGCGCUAUUAAGGCUGUUAUCGGCCAGCAUGCCAUGUUCCGCGCACGCUUCAGCACAUCUAGCGACGGCACCUGGCAACAGAAAACUGCAGCGGAGGUCGAUGAAUCUUUCCGAUUCCGCGUUCACUCUGUGGGCGAUACCCGAGCGAUGGUUCCGAAGAUUGCUGACAGUCAAAAUUGUCUGGAUCCUCUCAAUGGGCCUAUCCUGGCAGCCGACCUCUUUAACCUUCGCGCUGGUGGCCAGGUGUUAUUCCUCGUCGCUCACCAUCUCUGCAUUGAUAUGGUCUCAUGGCGCAUCGUCCUCCAGGAUCUCGAAGAGCUCGUUGUCUCUGGAUCUCUUUCACUCGAGAAGGCAUUGUCUUUCCAAAGCUGGUGUGCCAUGCAGACGGAGAGAGCCAAGACGCACGAUGCGUCGAUUGCUCUGCCUUUCACCCCGGAGAAGCCGGACUUGCUUUACUGGGGCAUGCAAGACUUACCCAAUGUUUAUGGAGAUAUCAAGAUGGAAUCCUUCACGUUGAGUGAGGAUACCACCCAAUUUAUCCUUGACGGCUGCCACAGUGUCUUCCGCACAGACACUGUUGACAUCUUGCUGUCUGCCAUCAUUCAUUCCUUCGGUCGCACUUUCACCGAUCGCAAGGUGCCGACUAUCUACAAUGAAGGACAUGGAAGAGAACCCUGGGAAGCCGACAUUGAUCUUUCGCGAACAGUUGGCUGGUUUACCACGAUGGCGCCUUUGCAAGUGCAUUCAGAAGCUCGUGCCCUCAACGACAUUAUCAAGCGUGUCAAAGACACCAGGCGUAAGAUCGCAGACAACGGCCGUCCUUACUUCGCGAAAAGUCUUCUACAGGGCCAGGGUACUGAUUUCCCUGUCCCAUUGGAAAUCCUUUUCAAUUACCUGGGUAAAAUGCAGCAACUUGAGCGAGCCGAUUCCUUGUUCCAUCACCACGGUACUGUCUUCGACAGCUCAGACUUUGCUAUCGCAGGUGAUAUGGGCCCUGAGACUGCUCGGUUUGCACUCUUCGAAGUAUCUGCUAUUGUGAUCAAAGACCGCCUCAAUGUUGCUUUCACCUACAACCACAAAAUGCAGCAUGAGGGCUCAAUCCGCCGCUGGAUUGUCCAGUGCAAGCAAACCCUCGAGAAGGAUAUCCUCACACUGAAAACGGCUACCCCCGAGCCUACUCUCAGCGACUACCCCCUCCUCCCCAUCAACUAUCACGGCCUCCAGCUGCUCACAGCCAGCACCUUCCGCAAGGCCGGCAUUCGGAACAAGGAUGAGGUCGAGGACAUAUAUCCCUGCUCUCCCAUGCAGGAGGGCCUCUUGCUCAGUCAGCUCCGCGAUCCCAACGCCUACAUGUUCCAUACUGUGUUUGAGAUCAAAGACGCCAAAUCUAGCAAGGUUGAUGCCGAAGGAGUCGCCCGCGCCUGGCAAACCCUCGUCGACCGUCAUCCUGUGCUGCGAACAAUUUUCGUUGACAGCAACUACACUGGUGGAUCUUUCGAUCAACUGGUGCUCAAGAACCUUUCCGAUAAUAUCCUCCGCGUGGAAUGUCAUGACUCGCAGGUAGAGGAGAAGUUGGCUGCUAUCUCUCUUCAUGCCAGAAACGCAAUGCGCCAAUCGAAGCUUUCUCACCAAAUGACUGUUUGCAAAACAAACACCGGACGUGUGAUCCUCAAGCUGGAGAUCAACCAUGCCAUUAUCGAUGGUGGAUCGGUGGAUGUACUCCUCCGUGACAUGACUCUUGCCUACGAGCGAAAGAUUGCUGAGGGUUCAGGACCUCGCUUCAGCGACUACAUCAAGUUCAUCAGAACCCAGAGCCAGAGUGAUGCACUUAGUCACUGGAAACAAUACCUUGGUGGAGUUCACCCAUGCCACCUCGCGCCGUCGGCUGUGUUCGAAGCCAAGAGAGAACUCAAGGGUGUCAUGAUGAACUUCGAGCGAUUCCCUGAGCUGCUCAAGUUCUGCGAGCGCAGCUCUGUCACACUUGCCAACUUGACUCUGUCCGCCUGGGCGCUCGUCCUGCGACAGUUCACCGGCUCAGAUGACGUGUGUUUCGGAUACCUUUCUGCCGGUCGGGAUGCCCCUGUCAAUGGCAUCCAGGACAUGGUUGGAAUCUUUAUUAAUAUGCUCUGCUGUCGAGUUCAGUUCUCCGACCAACAAACUCUUAUGGAUGUAUCCAAGAAUGUUCAGGAUGAUUAUAUCCGCUGCAUUCCCCACCAAAGCUGCUCUCUGGCCAGCAUCCAACAUGAGCUUGGUUGGCAAGGACAGUCGCUCUUCAAUACUACCUUGUCAAUCCAGAAUCACUCCGUUGCGGGUCCUAAGGAGAAGGGAUUGACCUUCGAUCUUCAGCAUGCACAUGAUCCGAGCGAAUAUGCGGUCACCGUGAAUGUUGAGAUUGCCCGAGGCCAGGAGGGCAUUCUUUUGAGAUACUGGAACGAUAUUGUGUCUGACGAGGAGGCCCAGGCUCUGGCUGACACCGUCGCCAAGGUGUUCACUAGCUUCAUUGAAUCUCCCGCUGCGACUCUGUCGCAGUCCACAUUCGCUUCCGAGGCUGAGCCCGAGUCACUGGAUUGGGAUCACUCCCAAACCACUCUGGCUGACAAGGCAAAGUCGACCGGAGAUGCGAUUGACAGCAGUGCUAUUCAGAAAAUUAUUGAUGAUCGUGUUCAUGAGAUUAUUAGUCGGAUGUUGAGAGAAGGAAAGCUGACGGUGCCUCCCAUUCACUCGGAAGAGUUGUCAAGCUAUGGUGGUCACCCUGAUCCUAUAGCCGACUCGCCGUACCAGUUAGGUAUACAAGGAGCAGAUGAUUCGGGUAUUUGUUCGGUGGCUUCCCGUUCCAGUGAGGAUGGGAUUUUGGCCGAGGUGGAAAGUAAAUUGUGGAGUCUUUGGAGCACAGCUCUUGGUCUCUCGCCCAACGUGGUGAGACACCAGGACAGCUUCUUCAAGUUGGGGGGUGACAGCAUCACCGCCAUGAAGAUGGUCAGCGCCGCUCGUGAAGAGGGCCUGGUUCUUACUGUUGCAGAUGUCUUCAACAAUCCUGUCUUCGAGGACAUGCUAGCAACAGUGCGAGCUGCGAAUGUUACUCAGCAAAUGCUGAAUGCCGAUCUCAAGUCUGGCGGCCCCAGGGAGGCUGAUAGUGAUUUACUCAAUAUCACGCCAACGACACUAGGGCUCAGCCCCUCUACCGAGAGCCUAGAGAUUCUCAGGCCGUCCUGCAUCGACGAUGCCGCUGUGCAGAGCGGCAUAUGUCCCAAGAUUGGUGUUUUCAAGGGUGGCAUCGCGGACGUACUUCCUGUCACCGACUUCCAGGCGAUGUCUCUAACGGCAACUCUCUUCAAGUCCCGAUGGAUGCUUAACUACUUCUAUUUGGAAGGCAAUGGUCCAUUGGACCUGAGACGCCUCCGCGAGAGUUGCUUGAAGGUUGUCGCGGCCUUUGAUAUCCUGCGCACAGUCUUCGUGUGCUUCCAUGACCAAUUCUUCCAGGUCGUGCUGCGCAAGAUCCGUCCCAGCAUCUUUGUUUACGAGACCGACCGCGCUCUUGAUGAAUUCACCAUGACCCUCCAACAGAGAGAUCGCGAAUACGGACCGCGCGAAGGCGAGCAGUACGUGCAGUUCUACGUUGUCAAGAAGAAGGGCAGCGACCAACAUCGUAUCUUGGUCCGCCUCUCUCACACUCAAUACGAUGGAGUAUGCUUGCCGAAGAUCAUGGCUGCCAUUAAGCACGGAUAUGAAGGCACGCCGCUGCCUCCGGUGACUCCCUUUGCUGGUUACUUGCGACUGUUGCCAGGAACAAUCACCCCAGACCAUUAUCGCCACUGGUCCGAUCUUCUCAAAGGCUCUCAAAUGACCCAGGUCGUCCGCAGAAAGGGCACCAGUAUGUUCCAGAACGUUGGGGCAUUCACCGAGAUUCACAGAAAGAUUGAGAUUUCGCCCAUCGCUCUCGGAAAUGUCACCAUCGCAACCGUCAUGCAAGCUGCCUGGGCCCUAACUCUUGCUAAGCUGACUGCUCAGUCCGAUGUUGUUUUUGGUCUGACUAUCAGCGGUCGCAACGCUACAGUGCCCGGCAUUGAGAGCACUGUUGGCCCUUGUGUCAAUGUCAUCCCGGUGCGCGUGAAGCUCGACGAGAAAUGGACCGCUGUCGAUAUCUUCCGCUACCUUCAGGACCAGCAAGUCUCCAACAUGCCUUUCGAGUCUCUGGGCUUCCGUGAGAUCAUCAAGCAAUGUACCGACUGGCCUGACUGGACAUACUUCACUACCUCAGUCUUCCACCAGAACGUCGACUACGAAGGAACCAUGGAGCUUGACAACAACAAGUACCGUAUGGGUGGUGUCGGCGUCAAUGACAACCUAGCUGAUCUCACCAUGGUGUCACGCCCCUCCGGUGAACGAGGCUUGGAUGUCACUCUGGGCUACUCCGAAAAGGGACCUGUGAUGCCAUCAUUCGCAUCCAAGGUUCUCGACAUGGCCUGUGAGAUUGCGCAAUCCCUCGUCGCCAACCCGACAGCCUCGCUGCCAUCCGCGAGCAUGCUGCGCUCUCUACCACCGCAGACAAUCGAUGACCUGUCCCGAGCCUCAGACGAGCACUUCCUCAGCGCACACCUCAAGUCGCGCUCCAUCGCAGAGCUGCUUGUGCAUUCGGACAUUCUGUCUCGCUCGUGGCAUCAGGUCCUGCCCAGCCGCACCACCGUGGCUUCCGACCCAGACGCUGAUGACAAGCUAACCCAGCAAUCCGCCUUCCAGCUGGAUUCGUCAUUCUUUGAUCUGGGCGGUGACGUCUUCAACCUGGCUCAGCUUACCUGGCUUCUUGAGCAAGAUGGUCUCAAGGUCCGUCUAGAGGACCUUAUUGAGCACCCCUCUUUCUUGGGCCAAAUGGCCGUUCUGGCUUUGCACAACGCCAAGCACCAGGAUGAUAUCCCAGCAGAGCUUCUUGCUACCGGUGCUGCAUUGCCUGAUCCUGUCGCUCGCAUCGAAAAGAAGAAGACAUGGUCGAAGGCGAUGACCAUAGCGCGGAAGCUGACCGGACGAAACACAGUCAGUACUCGAGCUUGA